AGUCCCUGAGAGUCCUGAUGGGGUUGAGGCAGACGCUUGCUCCGUUUCCUUAGCAACAGACUUUGGAGCAGAUGGCCACCUAGAGAUUUGUUGGUCUGUGCAGGGUCUGAGCUGCUAUUUUUCCAGCUCGUAAGGCCUUACAGCCCUGUUGACCCGAUGUUUCAUGGAACAAUCUUAAAAGAGCUAACUAGUCAUGAAGAAUGGAGUCACUAUAAUGAAAAUAUAGUUGAAAAUCAAAAAGAUUUUGUUUUUGUGAAAUUUAAUGGCCUUCACUUAAAAUCAAUGGAAAAUUUGCAAUCAUGCAUCUCUCUUAGAGUAUGCAUGUUCUCAAACAAUUUUAUUACAGAUAUUUAUCCACUGAAAAAUUGUAUAAAAUUAAUCAAACUUGACCUCCAUGGAAAUCAGAUAAAGACUCUACCAGAUACCACAUUUUGGCAAGGAUUAAAGAAUCUCCAACUUCUUUAUCUUCAUGACAAUGGGUUUGCAAAGUUAAAGAAUGUGUGUGUGCUAUCUGCCUGUCCAAACCUCACUGCCCUCACUAUGUUUGAUUGUCCAGUCAGCCUUAAACCAGGAUACAGACAUGUUCUUGUUAAUAGUAUAUGGGCUCUAAAGGCAUUGGAUCAUCAUGUGAUUUCUGAUGAAGAAAUAAUUCAGAACUGGCAUCUUCCUGAAAGAUUCAAAGCAUUUAACCGCCGGCUUUUCUUUAAUUUCUGCCCUGCAUUGAAAAAGGGAUCAAGCUAUGAGGAUGAAAUUAAUAAUGUGAAAUUUGUUAUCUCAAGAAUUAAUAAAAUUCUGGCUCAUAAUUCACCAGUUUUGAUCGUUCAGAGAUGGAUCCGUGGUUUCCUAGUUAGAAAAGAAUUGAGCCCAGUUUUUUUUUUAAAAAUGCCUUCAUUGUUAUUUAAAAGACAUCAGAAAAAAAUUUCUAAGACAUAUGAAGGAAAAUGGUUUUAUAUAACUAGAGGAUAUCAAGACAAAUUCUUCCGUGAUAUCUUUAAGAAACCUGAAACUAAUAUAAAAGGAAAGCUUACAUCCUUGAAAUCUAAUAUUUAUUCUCCUAUUGAUAUUAAAUGCUAUAGUGAGCAGAGAAAAUAUACAUUUCCUCUUUUAUAUAAAUUAAAACCAAAAGAUAUUGACAGGAAAUUAAAACUAUCAAGGUGCUUCAUUCAAAAAGGUGCAUUACAACAUUCUCUUAGUUUAUUACAAACUAGUUUCAGAGGCUACAGAAAUAAAAGGACUAUGUAUAGCCUUUCAGAAAACAGGCAGGGAGCUGAGGAGGGCCAAAAUGAGUCUAGUGCAUUCCCGGGGGAGGGGGCCCUCACAACCCUUGGGGAUGGGGCCGCAUACCCCGGAGGGUGCAUGCCCAUGGGAGUCUGUAAGCCAGGUGGAAUCCCCAUUGGAGAACCCAUGGGAGGCCUCAUGCCAGGAGGUGGGCCCAUCAUGCCUGGAGGAGGUGCCUCUCUUCCCAUAGGUGGGGGAGGACCUGCACGACCAGGUGGGUACUGUGUUGGAGCCCCUGCACUACUGGCUGUGGCAGCAGCUGCAGCAGCUGCUAUGAUUUUCCCUGCGAAGCAGCACCAGACCAAGGACUUGCUUCUCUUCCCUUUCUGCUUGUUUGGAAUUCUUUGGCUUGAUCUUCCUAAACUCAUCACAAUCACAGAGGAUCAAAUUCAUAUGCUUGUCGAAAGCCUUGAAGGUCCCGAUGAAUAUCCGGCCAUCUUGCAGGAUGCACCUCAUUCUGUAGUCAAUGUGCUACAGCACCUUGCUGCUCUUGCCAACAGUCAUGGUGGCGGCCCUGAUGGUCAGAAGAAGUUUGGAGGUGAAAGUAAGAAUGGACCAUUGGAUGUCAGUUUUCGGAUAUCAUCCUUCAAACUACCCAUAUAUACUGCAGAUUCAUUGAAGUAUGUUUCAUUAUUGAAAAAGGAAAAAGAAGCUUAUUUUCCUGAGUAUGCUGAACUGUUUUCCACCUCAGAUUCAAAACCAAUAAUUAAAAAAGAUAUAAUCUCUGAGAACAAUAUAAGAGAGUUUCUUACAACACAGAGAGCUGGGCUAAAGAAAUACAUAAAAGGCACUGUGAAGAAAAGUUUGUUUUUGAUAUGA